AUGGCAGGGAGGUAUAUUGAGGAUGAUGGUUGUUUUAUUGACUGUAAUGACCUUGGAGUUGAGUUCGUCCACGCCAAAGUGGGUGGCCAGAUUGAUAAGCUUCUCCAUCGAGAUCCCGACAUUGAUUUGCUCCAACGUUUGUCGAAGUACCCGACCGAUGUAGCCGGCAAUCCGUUAGUUGUGAUCCAAGCGAAUACGUUCGAGUGCGGCGGAUUAGUGAUUAGCAUGCGCUUUACACACAAGAUCGGUGACAUGUACACCAUGGCCAUGUUCAUCAAUUCGUGGGCUACCGCUUGCCGAGGUAAUGCAGACGCGAUGGUCCAUCCUAGUUUCGAGCUGUCAUCUCUAUUCCCAGUAAAAGAGUUGGCGGUUCCGAUUUUGAGUCCACGACGUAUUGGCAACCAGGAGCUCAUCAUGAGCAGGUUGAGGUUCAACGCCGAUGCUUUAUCGAAGCUGAAAGCCUUAGCUAGGGACAAUGCAAAGGACUCGAUGGCCAACGAUUCCCAGCCUUCAAGGCUGGAGGUUGUUUCGGCACUACUAGGUAGGGCUUUCGUCAAUAUUUGCCGAAAUAAACAUGGCGAACAAAGGACUUUCUUAGUUUGUAUGCCAGUUAACUUGCGUGAGAAGAUCAAUCUGGCGAUACCCACGAAUUCUUGUGGCAAUCUUUUCGCCAUCGUGUGGACGCGAUCUGGUCAACCAACGGCCGGAAAAAUUGAGUUGGAGUUCAACGGAAUGGUGAAUGUAAUGCGCGAUAUGAUAGCGGAUGCCAAAACAAAGUACGCAACAGUAGUAGACGGGGAUGAGUUAUGCUCAAUGGUGGGCAAUUCUCUAGCCGAGUUUGUCAAAAUUCUUGCCAGAGGCGAAGAUUGUCUGUUUGGUUUUAGUAGCUGGUGCCGGUUGGGGCUAUACGAGAAUGACUUCGGGUGGGGAAGACCGGUUCUCGUGAGCAACACACCGUCGAAUUUUUGUAUCGAUUUUUCUUAUCGACGAUGA